UUGUUUGCCCUUUUGGCGGGAAUUUGCCACCUUCCAAUUGUUGUUUACAAUUUAUUAUACUUUCUGGUGGACACACAACCAAAACCAAGGAUGGAUCAGUAUCCCGAUGAAAACGAGGAGUUCGAGCUGCAGUACCAAGAUGAAUUGGAGUUGCUGGAGGAUUUACCGGACGAGUUUAACCCUUACGAUGGUCCCAGCACCUCGAAACAGGCGGCUGAAAAACAAAAGGAAAACCAAGCUCCCUUGGGCUUAAAAGAUAAUUCCCGCUUUGGAAAUUCCACAUUGGGAUCGCCACAACUAUCACAGAUUAGCUUUGGAGCCAGCAGUCAAUUGGAAACAGAGGAUGCAGGCGGAGGCCAUGUUAAUCGGCGACUUUUCGGGACUCCCAAGGGCCCUCCCGCUGGAAGGGGAUGCUCCACGCCCUUCCAGCGAAUGCCCGCCAUCCAGGAACUGGAACAGACCCAACUCACUUCCAGGGACAAGGACGCCAAUACCGCUGCCGAAAAACUCCAGGAAGUUGGCCUUAAAAAUGUGAAUAAGCGGCGUUUGGAACGUGACCUCUUUGGCGAUAUCGAUGACCUCUUCCACGAAUCCUACGAAGAUCCCUUGGUGAAGAAGGCCAGAACCGAGGAGCAGCGCGACCACGAAGCCAUCGAUAAGAUCCUCGAACUCCGCCGCAAAAUGCGCGAAUCCAGUAAAACUUUGCGAAAAGAUGAUGUUAGCAAAUUAAAGGAUUUACAUGACUUCAAGAUGCGGAACCUCUCCUAUGAGAUACCAAAUUGGCCCUUUUUGGCCAUCCAGCGCAGUGAUCUGGAGCGGAUCUAUGUGCGGUUCCAUUCCGAGGACUACGAGCAAAGGCAGCUGGACAUGGUCAGCGCCCGUGGCGAAGUGGUGGGCAGUCUUCUGGGCGAGGCCAAGGACAAGAUCUGGCAGGAAGCCGGUGAAAUAGUUCUAAGCCGGACUGCCAGCGAAUCAGAGGCAGAUGUAACCCUCGUGGCCACCAAUUCCACCACUGAACCGGGACGCCUUUGGGUGGAAAAGUACAAGCCGCGGAAAUACAUUGACCUGCUUUCCGAUGAAAUGACCAACCGGAGUUUGCUCUACUGGCUGAAGAUGUGGGACAAAGUGGUCUUUGGCAAGGCAUUCCACAGCAAACAGGAACAGGAGGCGAUGGCAGGAGAAGCCGGAGGCGGAGGAGGUGGUUCCAAUAACCAACUGAAUAGCUUCAAUAAGCGCACUGGCAAAUUCGAAUCGAAUGGCGGCUGGCGACAGCGCAAAUCCCGCCAAGCGCUCAACACAAAUGUGGAUGCCCUGGGCAGACCCAUGCAGAAGGUUGCCCUGCUUUGUGGACCUCCAGGUCUGGGCAAGACCACGCUGGCACACACGAUCGCCCGGCAUGCUGGCUACAAUGUCCGGGAGAUCAAUGCCUCCGAUGAUCGCAGUCCGGAGGCCUUCAAGUUGGCCCUGGAGAAUGGCACGCAAAUGUCAUCGGUGCUGAAUACAGACAAGCGACCCAAUUGUAUAGUUCUAGAUGAAAUUGAUGGUGCUCCCCGUCAGUCAAUCGAAUAUCUGGUCAAGUUCAUCAGCGAUGGAGUUUUCAACAAAGGCAAAGCCAAGGGUGCCAAAGCUGAGCAUAAUAUUUUAAAGCGUCCCAUUAUCUGCAUAUGCAAUGAUGUCUAUGAUCCCGCGCUGCGACCAUUGAGACAAGUGGCCUUUGUGGUCACUUUUCCGCCCAUCGAUGCUGCGCGUCUGGCGGAAAGAUUGGUUAAGAUUGCCUACAGAGAGCAGCUGAAAACUGAUUUUGGUUCUCUGAUUGCCUUGGCUGAGAAAUCAGGCAAUGAUGUAAGAAGCUGUAUAUCAUCUAUGCAGUUUUUCAAUGCCCAAAAACAGUGCCUUACUCUGCAGGAUGUGCUCAAUAAUAAUCUAGGACAGAAGGACAGACAUCAAGGCCUUUUUGCUGUGUGGGAAGCUAUAUUCCGAAUACAACGGCCACGCAAAACUCUCCAGACUGACGCGAAUAAGGGCGAUGAACCCGCUCAGGUCACAAUGACCAAUAUGUCGGUUAACACACGAGUUCGCAAUGUUCUGGAUGCCGUCCAUUCUAGUGGGGAUUACGAAAGGCUAACGCAAGGCGUAUAUGAGAAUUAUCUGCAACAGAAGAUGCCCGAUCCGAACCUUACGGGCGUUUGCGAUGCCCUCAAAUGGUUUUGCUUCACGGAUACGGUGCAGCAUCAGAUUAGCAGACAGCAGAACUACAGUGUGUACCCGUACCUGCAGUACGGCUUUGUCGUCUGGCACUUGCUGUUUGCCACACUGGCCUGGCCGAAAAUUGCAUUUCCCACGCGUGGCUUUGAGUUCCAGCAGAAGAGCACCAAUCAGAGGAACAUUUUUCAGGCUCUGUGCAAAGGGGUCACCACCUCGGCGUUGGGUGUGGGUCAGGGCAAAACUCUGCUCCUCGAUACGGUGCCUUUGCUGAAGAGGAUUCUGUCGCCACAACUUCGCUCCGUGGCGGUGCAGUUGUUGUCUCCAAAGGAGCAACAGGACUUACGCCACACCAUCGAGGUGAUGGUUGAUCUCGGCCUGACUUUUGUUCAAGUCAAGUCCCAAGAAGGACAUUAUGUCUUUCAAACCGAACCAGAUCUGGAUGCACUCAGUACAUUUCCAGGCUUCCCUGGUCUAACGCUCCCCUACUUUAGUCGCCAGUUGAUAGCCCGCGAAGUGGACUUGGAACGCAUACGGCGAGCUGCUCCCAAAGGCGGUGCUCCUUCAGCUCCUUCGGUCGCCAAAAAGAAAACUGCAGGAAGUGCAGCUGCUCAGCUGCCCAAUCAUUUGCAAACAUUGAAGCCGAAACCAAUUUCGGAGCCUAAUAUGCGCAGUGCACCCAAACAGCAGCUAACCAAGGACUUUUUUGGUCGCAUUACCCACAAAACGACUUCAAAAAAUUCAACAGAGGAGGCCAAAACCGAUGCCAUUGUAAAAAGCCCCAUUUGGUAUCGCUAUAAGGAGGGUUUCAACAAUGCCGUCCGCAAGGAUGUUCACAUACACGAACUACUCUAGACCACUAUUAUUUUAUUAUUCUCACUUAAGUCAACACCUUUAUUUAUUAAAUAAAAAAAGUAAGUGCAACGCAUUAACAGAAAUAUUAAAUAUUUAAAACUACUUUUACCAUAUUUUUUAACCGUUAAGAAAUAUCAUUGUCAAAUUAUAGCUUUUGAUGAUGAGUUGUAAGUUUAAAAACAUUGUUGAGCUUCAAAAGGGUAUCAUUCUCUGAUUGCCUAAUAAAUGUCUAAAACAAUUAACUUGGAUUUUAAUGUAAACAGUUCGGUUGACGUCAUUUUUAGAUAGUUUGAAACAAGUCAUUUAAAAUGGAAUAUCUUGGGGGGUGGAAAGUUAUAAGUAUUUAACAUUAUAAAGUUUAAGCCCUUUUUUUGCAUUAAGGGGUUUCACUGGCAUCUU